AUGUCGAAUCAAUCCAACCCCCUUCGCCCUACCUUUGAGGGCCUCGUUGCUUCCACUUUUGAUUCCCUGAUUCUCUUUGAGGCUUGCCUGGAUGGUCGUCUGACCCAUGUUCCUCGCCGACCUCAUGAUCGAGAACGCCAGGAUCUUAUCAAGAGCGGCAAUGUCUUCAUCUACGAGGAACACGCCUCCGGGAUCAAACGAUGGACUGAUGGUGUCUCUUGGAGCCCCAGUCGUAUUCUCGGCAAUUUUCUUAUUUAUCGUGAGCUGGAGAAGCCCUUUCCUCCUGGGGAAAAGAAGCGAGCUCUGAAGCGAAAGAAGUGUCCCCCGGGAGGUAUUGGAAAGGCCGAUACGACCUCACAUCUAAACAUGGCUGGCUUUGGCUCAUCCGCUGCCAUGGAUAGUGUCAACGUCAAGGAUACUGAGAGGGCAUUGAUCGGAUCAUUGAUUGACUCGUACCCCUUCAAGCCUGGGGGCCUCGUCAAAAAGACUAUCAGCAUAACGUAUCAGGGGAUCCCUCAUCAUCUCGUCAGCUACUACAAUGUCGACGACGCGGCAGCUGGAAACCUCACUACUCCGUCGCGAAGCUUUGAUUACCGUCGUUAUCAUCCUCGGAAUGAACUCAUCAUGUCUCAAAAUUUCCGUGCUCCUAUCGACGAAGUUCAAUUCGGUCCGGACGAUGAAGGUGGUUCCUCCACCUUUCUCGCAUCUUUGGUACCAGGCUUUGCAGGUGGUUCAUAUGGUCAUAUGCCUCGAGAUAUGUCCAUGGCCGGAUUUCACCCUCCAGUCUCGGCCCCAUACCCAUCUCCUUACACUUACCAACCACAACAACCUCACUACUUGACCGGCAUGGCUCCGUCCAUCCAGGCCCAGAUGCUGCAAGCACCUCCCACCUCAAUGCCAUCCUCGUUGGGCUCUUCUGUGCCGGCAUCAGUACCGCCCUCUGUCUCUCCAGCGAUGCCAUCCAGCGCACCAGCCAUGGCCUACACCCCCCAGCCACAUGGAAAUUAUUCAUACGGCCCUCACAGGACCUCCCGUUUCGGCUCCAGCGCUGGCAUGGCAGGUGAAUUCCCGCGAACUAUGUCGCUACAUGAACCGGCAAGACGAAACUCGGCGUUUGAGCUCACACACACCACGGAACUGGCUUCAAUGCCUCUUGGGUCGGUUCCCGAAACUAGACCUACCGCGAGCGGUAAUGCAUAUGUUAGUCAGGGCUCAUACUAUGAUCCCCAGCGAACCGGCCCGGUUACGGGUCAGGACGAGCAGGCGUUUGCGCAUCUACGACCGAUGAAACAAGAUGCUGAUGCCUUGACCGGGGCAGAGCCUGGGAACCAGCAAUUCAACAUGGACCAAGCCUCGAAUGAGUGGACUCUUGCACAACCCGAUAGCUCGCAUGAUUUGCAAUACUUUGGCAAUAAUUCAAACGCACACAUCACGCAUAAGCAGAAAGCUGAUGGAAAGCGUCUUAGUACCCAAUCCAACCGACCACCACAGACCGAGAUCGACCAGGCCAAAACCGAGACGCAGCUGCAAGCAAAACGAAGCAAUUCGCGAGUCGUUGAUCAAGGGACCGAAGAGGUCAUACACGAGGACAUCUAUACAAUACCCAACAUUUUAACAUUUACAAGACUGGUGGCAGCCCCUGUUGUGGGGUACCUGGUUCUUCACGACUCCUACUCAUGGGCCGUGGGAUUGUUUGCAUAUGCCGGCAUCACGGACCUUCUGGACGGCUGGAUUGCUCGAAAAUGGAAUUGUAAGACUGUGGUUGGAACCGUUAUAGAUCCCAUGGCAGACAAAGCUCUCAUGACCGUCCUUACGAUAUGCCUAGCUGCCAAGGGUGCAUUGCCGUUGUGGGUAGCAACUAUUAUUCUAGGACGAGAUGUAGGCCUCGGGAUAGCUGCCAUAUACUAUCGUUGGAUUUCUCUACCACCACCGAAGACCUUCUCCCGGUACUGGGACUUUUCUCUUCCAUCAGCAGAAGUUCGUCCCACAACAAUCAGCAAGUACAACACUUUCCUACAACUCGGUCUUGUCGGUCUCACAACGGCGGCACCGCUCAUUCACGCUGAUCUGACGUCGACAUUGACGGUCUUGCAAUACGUCGUAGCUGCCACCACUGUAUGGAGCGGGGCUAGCUACAUCUUCACUAAGGAUGCAGUGAAAAUAUUGAAAUAG